CGCUUCCUCAGCCGGUUCCGGUCCCGCCCUCUACUUCCGGUGGCCUUCGGUUCCGCUGCGGCCGGUCUCUACGUCUGCUGCCGCUGGUUCCGCUCCAGGUAUUUCUCCUGAAGGAAAGGUGCUAACUCAUAUGCUUCCAGAAUGGCUCUUCCUAUCAUUGUAAAAUGGGGUGGACAGGAAUAUUCCGUGACAACACUUUCAGAAGAUGAUACUGUGCUGGACCUCAAGCAGUUUCUCAAGACCCUUACAGGGGUGCUGCCAGAACGCCAGAAGUUGCUGGGACUCAAAGUUAAAGGCAAACCUGCAGAAAAUGAUGUUAAGCUUGGAGCUCUCAAACUGAAACCAAAUACUAAAAUCAUGAUGAUGGGAACUCGUGAGGAGAGCUUGGAAGAUGUCUUGGGUCCACCCCCUGACAAUGAUGAUGUUGUCAACGAUUUUGAUAUUGAAGAUGAAGUUGUUGAAGUAGAAAAUAGGGAAGAAAACCUACUAAAAAUUUCUCGCAGAGUGAAAGAGUACAAAGUGGAAAUUUUGAAUCCUCCUAGGGAAGGGAAAAAGCUUUUGGUAUUAGAUGUUGAUUAUACAUUAUUUGACCAUAGGUCUUGUGCUGAGACUGGGGUGGAAUUAAUGAGGCCAUAUCUUCAUGAAUUCCUCACAUCUGCAUAUGAAGAUUAUGACAUUGUUAUUUGGUCUGCAACAAAUAUGAAGUGGAUUGAAGCUAAAAUGAAAGAGCUAGGAGUGAGCACAAAUGCAAAUUAUAAGAUUACCUUCAUGUUGGACAGUGCUGCUAUGAUAACAGUGCAUACUCCCAGGAGAGGAUUAAUAGAUGUAAAGCCUCUUGGUGUUAUAUGGGGAAAGUUUUCGGAAUUUUACAGCAAGAAAAAUACCAUUAUGUUUGAUGACAUAGGAAGGAAUUUUCUGAUGAACCCACAGAAUGGACUAAAGAUAAGGCCCUUUAUGAAAGCACACCUAAAUCGAGAUAAAGACAAAGAACUUUUAAAAUUAACUCAGUACCUCAAGGAAAUAGCAAAAUUAGAUGACUUUUUGGAGUUAAAUCACAAAUAUUGGGAAAGGUAUCUCUCAAAGAAGCAAGGACAAUAGUUAGAAGUUAUGCUGAUAGUUAUUGAAGAUACUUGAGAUCCAUGAACUUUCUGCUUUUACGCUAGAAAUCAUUAUAAUAGUGCUGGACACUGAAGCAAAGAACAGACUGCUUAUACUUGGUCUUCCAGUUUUUUGUAAAUUUAAUUUUAUAUUUUUUGAAGAUCAUAGCAAUAUGCUCAAAAAAAAAAUUCCUUUUAUCCCAUGUGAAUAUACCGUUACUGUUAAAAGAUUUUCUCCAGCAUUGAUUACUCACUGUUUUCUUUUUUUCCAGAAAGAAAGAAGAGUGGAGAAAAAUGUAUGCUCAAUGUCAUUUUGUGACACAGAUGUCAUUUUUUUGACACAAAAACCAUUUUGUGUUUUUGUCUCAUUGUCUAAGACCAAAUCCAUCUAAUGCUUUUCCCUUUAAGACCAAAAGAAAAAAAUUUUUGGAUAAAGAACAUAGUUUGUUAUGCUUAAAAUUACCAAGAAUUUUUUAUUCCUUUGUCAUGGCCACAACUUCUGUACCACACUGGUUGCAUCUGUAAAUCCUGAGCUGCAUCACUUAGGUCUGUGUGUGCAUCUGUGUACUUAAAGUAAAACUGGAAAGCAUUAGUUGCAGUACAGCUGUGUUCUAGUAUGAGAAAUAGAAAAACUAAGGCUAAAGAAUAAAACUAAAGCACCAGAAUAUGUGUCUCUUUGAUAGCUAAGUACAAGCACUUCUGCCUAAACCAUUGCCAUAAAAGCAUUUAAAGGCAGUACAUUUUAAAAUGGGACGUACCACCAGUUCUAGAAAGCAUGAACAAAAAGGUUUUGUUCUGUCGAGUUAUAUCUUGUCUGAGUGCCAAUACAGUUUCAGUGAAAAUAUCUAGCCAUACUAUUAAAAAUAUAUAUUAUUUGCAAUGCUUAAGCCUGCAGAUGUGUAAUGUGACCACUGUUUUGUGUUAACAGUAUUGCUUUAUACAAUUCCUGUAUUUGAAAGGAAUUGAUUCUUUUAAAUAAACAUGGUGUAUAUUGUUCUUUUGGGACUAUUUCAGUGGUGUAAAUAAUAAAUAUUGUUUCUUAAAACA